AUGUCUCAUGAAGGUAUGAAGCAGCCUUCGCAUCCGACAUACAGAGAAAUCGAUCCAUUUUUCUGCGAGAGCACUGCAUAUGUUCGUUUGAAGAAGCGAGAAUUAUGCCAGCAAGGGAUUGUCCCAGAUUUCUAUGGGGUGAUUGAGCAAAUAGACCCGAUUCACUGGUAA